AUGGGCCAAUACACGAACUUGUUCGUUCCUUCAUUUGAAACGGAUCAAGAUGAAGAAGUUGAACGCAAGACCGAGAUGCAGACGCUAAACGGUGGUGGUGGUGGUGUCUGGAGGUUCAAAGGAAACAAGGCGGCCAAAGAAGCGGCCAGUGUCUCAAUGAAAGGUAUCCUUUCAAGGGCGGUGGCAAAUUAUUUGAAUUCCGACCUUCCGCAUAAAUUAAAAUCAGACGAUAUAUUUAUGACGAUCGGAUGUUGCCAAGGGAUAGAGACCAUGAUUCAAGUUCUCUCUAGUCCAAAGUCGAAUAUCUUGCUCUCCUCCCUCGUCUAUCCUCUCUACCAUAGUUACGCAAUACAUGACCUAGUCGAGAUUCGCAAGUAUGAACUACUCCCUGACCAAGACUGGGAGAUUGAUCUCCAAAGCGUUGAAGCCAUUGCAGAUCAUAAUACCGUCGCUAUGGUGAUAUGUAACCCUCACAAUCCAUGUGGAAAUGUCUACACAUAUCAUCAUCUAAAGAAGGUCGCUGAGAUGGCGAGGAAGCUAGGGAUAAUGGUUAUUUCUGAUGAAGUUUUUAAGGAAACUAUAUAUGGGAAGAAUCCAUUUGUCCCGAUGGGGAUAUUUGCAUCGAUUAUUCCUGUGGUUACACUCGGUUCCAUUUCCAAGGGGUGGCUUGUCCCUGGCUGGCGAAUAGGUUGGAUGGCGAUGAAUGACCCAAGUAACGUUUUCAAAACCACCGGGGUCGUUGAAUCCAUCAAGCACCUGCUUAACAUAAGUCCAGAUCCAUCGACAAUUCUACAGUUUGCACUUCCAAAUAUCUUGGAGAAGACAAAGAAAGACUACUUUGAGAAGAAAAACUUGACAUUGAGUCAAAAUGUGGACAUGAUGUUCGAUGCCCUCAAGGAGAUUCCUUGUCUUGUUUGCCCCAAGAAACCUGAGUCGUGUACUUCCUUAGUGACGAAGCUGGACCUAUCACUCUUAGAGGACAUCACAGACGAUGUUGAUUUCUGCAUGAAGCUUGCCCGAGAGGAGAAUCUCGUCCUUUUACCUGGAGAGGUAUUCGGCAAGAAUAAUUGGGUGAGGAUCUCGAUUGGAGUCGAGAGAUCAAUGCUACAAGACGUUUUCGUGAGGCUCAAAGAUUUCUUCACUCGCCAUAUCAAAUCACAAACUACUUAA